CUGGCAGUAGCAGAAACAGGAAGUGAGCGCCGGCUCUGCGCAGACUUCCUCUUUCGCGGAUUUUACGGCUGUUCCUUUAACAACUCAGGAUCUAAAUUUACCCAUUUCUCGCACCCUCACGGGGGCCAGAAACCACCACUCUCCCAGGCCCCAGUCCUGUCUCUGUGCCACGUCACUUGGCUAAAAAUAGAUUCUGCAGCAACACUACCUGGGAAGAAGGUUGGCCAGGUCCCUCCACCCACAUGCUCCAGGGCUGGCGCUGGGCCCAACUGAGUCAGGAAGGAAUCUCUGUCCCACUUCAUGGGAGAGGGACGCUACAUUAGGGAGUGGGGAGGAGAGAGAGCCAUCCUCUACUCUGAGCUGCUGCUCCAGGGAGGCUAGACGGGCCUGUUGGAAAAGGUCAGGGCAGCUGGGUACCUCUUGAGGCCUCCUGAGAUUGCCUCAUUCCCAGCUAGUCCCUGGACUGGGCAGCUCCCAUGUGGGACUCGGAGGUGAUGGGGAGGGGGCUGGGCAGCUGCAGGAGGGGAUGUGGUUUGCUGGGUGUUGCAGGGAUCUGGCUUUGCUCUGACCACAGUAGAUUUGGGCUGGAGAUUGCAGAGAAACCAUCUGGUGGGGAAGAAAGGGGCCGAGCGCAUCACAGGCUUCCUGGGGUUGCAGCCCCCAUCGCAGUACCUCAUUCCGCUCGAACUGGGGCCUCAGGCUGGGUGGAGCUCAGCACCGGGGUGUUAGUGGCAGUGCUGAGGGGCCCCCACUGCCCCAUCAUGGCAUCUGCUCUCACCGUCCUCCUCCUCGGCUGCUCUCUGGCCGGGCACAGCUGGGAGUUGGGAGGGCGUGAAUUUCUCAAACCCACCGUCUGGGUGAGCCCCAGCAGGGUGGUGGCGCUAGGGGGAAACGUCACCAUCCGCUGUGCGGGUCGGUACCCGGGCAUGGAGUUCUUUCUGCGUAAAGCUGGACACCCGAACCUGCAGGUGCGGACGGUGCCUGAUGGGACCGUGGCUGAAUUUCCCAUCGCCAAUGUCAGCCGGGAAGAUGGAGGGAGCUACACCUGCGACUAUCGCUCCAUAGCGGAACAGAAUCGCUGGUCGUAUCCCAGUGACUCUGUCGAAAUCAUUGUAGGAGGUGAGGGAGGGGCCCAGCUCAGUGUCCCGGCUCCCAGCCCCACACCCAGCCAACCCCACAGUGGGUCUGCAUGACGCUCAGAGCCAGGCUCUGCCCUGAGCCCUGGGCCCAGCAGAGGGGACGCCCGGCCAGGGAGCGGGGAUAGAGUCACUGGAGGGUUCCUCAGCCAGGGGGUAGAAGCAGUGACUGGAGAUUCAGU